GUUCAGUUGUGUGCAUGAUGUUUCUGUCCCACAGGAGUUGUAAAUGCACGCAACUAACUUGCUACAACUGUUAAGCAGCCGUCAGCUCGGUUUUAUCAUCGACUUAUGUUCUCAAAGCCAUGCAAACCCUAAGGACAUUCUGACAUGGCUGACGUAAAAUCGUUUAGGGAAUGUCGGACUGUGACACUUUUCAGACACAAGUAGCCUCCAUCAUGGAGAUAGUAGCCAAAUCGGCCGUGGCAGAAAUGAGUAAGCUUGUCAACGAAAGCUCCGCUGCUGAGAUACCUGUUGAAGGAUCUGGAAGUGAGGAUGGGAAUGAAGCGCGGAAAAUGGCAGCAGCGUCCAUGGCACAGUUUGCUUCUAGUAUGGAGACACUCGCCAAGGAUGCAGCAAACAAAAUCUGCGAGCUCGCCAGUGAGGAGUCUGCGGUUUUGCGGCUGGAAAUGUCUGAGAGUCAGAGUGAGAAUGGAGCCCUGAAGAGGAAAUUGGAGCUGAUGGAGCGUGAGCUGAAGACCUCUCAGGGAAGAGGGGAGGGAGCAGCAGGAUGCAAAGAGAGCUCUGGACACAGUGGGCUUCAGUCUCCUGAUGUGGUAGACCAUGGGCCCGUAUCAGUUAUUGUUAAGGAGGAGACUGUUGAAAACAACUCGAGAAACAGUGAUACAGAGCAAGGAAACGAGAUCAGUGAGGGUGAAGGAACUUUAGAGCAAAGCACUGAUCCUCAAGAGAGACUCAGCACUGAAAACAGUGUGGAGGCAAUUGAAGAACCCACAGAGGAACAGGGCACACUUACAGCAGCUGAGUCAAACUUGGAUCUUAAAGAUACGAACGGAAGCUUGAAGAAGAAGCAGAGAGCUAUAAGAGACGUCUUAAAGCUCCAAAGGUUGUUCAUGGGCGAGAAACCGUUUAGCUGCGCAGAAUGUGGAAAAGGUUUUGCUGUGAAACGGACUCUCGACAAACAUAAGUUAACUCAUUCUGAGAAGACAUACAGUUGCCUUAAAUGUGAGAAGAAUUUUAGCCAGAAACGUAAUCUGAAAACGCACCAGAUUGUUCAUGCAGUAGAGAAACCUUUUAGCUGCUCACAUUGCGGUAAGGGAUUCACAGUAAAGCGCAGUCUUAAAGUCCACCAGCGAAUUCACACAGGCGAAAAGCCAUACAGUUGCGUUACAUGUGGGAAGAGUUUUCGUCAGGCUAGUUAUCUUAAAAUACACCAUAGGGUUCACACUGGAGAGAAGCCAUUUACCUGUGACGUAUGUGGCAAGAGUUUCAGUUGUGCAAAUAGUCUAAAAACACACCAAAUAGUUCACACAGGGGAAAAAGCUUUUAGCUGUGAUAUAUGUGGGAAGAGUUUUAGUCUUGCAAUUAAUCUUAAUAGACAUCAGCGAAUUCACACAGGAGAAAAACCAUUUAGCUGUGAUGUAUGUGGAAAGAGUUUCAGUCAGGCUAAUAAUAUGAAAGCCCACAAACAAAUUCACACAGAUGAAAAGUCAUACACAGGAGAGAAACCAUUCAGCUGUGCCACAUGUGGGAAGAGGUUCAUGUACAAAUGUUUACUUAAAAAACACCAGCAAAUUCACACAGGAGAGAAACAAAUGAUAGAGAAACCAUGCAGCUGUGUUACAUGUGGAAAGAGUUUCAGUUGUGCAUAUUCCCUUAAAACACAUGAGCGAAUUCACACAGGAGAGAAACCAUACAGUUGUGUUAAGUGUGGGAAGAAUUUCAGUCAGCCCAGUGCACUUAUAACACACCAGAGAGUUCAUACAGGAGAAAAACCAUUCAGGUGUGAUGUUUGUGGGAAGAAUUUCAGUCUUCCAAAUGGUCUUAAAACACACCAGCGAAUUCACACAGGAGAAAAGCCAUUUACCUGUGUUGUAUGUGGGAUGAGUUUUGGCUUUGUUGGUAAUCUGAAGAGACAUCAGCGUACACACACAGGAGAAAAACCAUUUACCUGUGAAAUAUGUGGGAAAAGCUUCAGUCAAGCUAAUAAUGUUAAAGCUCACCAGCAAAUUCACACAAAAGAAAAACCAUACAUGUGUGAUAAGUGUGGGAAGAGUUUUGCUUAUCUAAGAAAUCUUAAGGAACAUAAGUGUGUUUAUGGUUAAAUGAAGCUUUCUGCACUGUGUGGAAGGAGAGUAAUCAUUCCACAUCUUUUAAAACCAACUCAGAUUGAAAUAGCUUUGAGCAGCAUUAGAAUGAGACCCACAAGUUAGAUAUUUAGCAGUAAAGUGGUGAUCAGGAAUCUUCCAUUAAUUCUACAUUCUACAGUUCCUGCAAGGUUCUCACAUAAAGAGAGCACUGUGUGCAAAAUUCAUGUGGUUCAGGAUAUUACAUUUUCAUUUGUGCAUUUUUCAAGCACACAACUGUUGAACAUUU